CUUCCCCCCGCAUAUGAAGUGACAGCUGCACCAGUGCAGUGAGGAUGGAGCUGCAGCCUUGAGAUGACACAUCGACAGAAGUGCUCGUAAUUUUGGACGAAAACACAAGCAAUCAUGAGGGACAGACUAGAUCAUCUUCAGACCAUUACAGAGUCUAACAGCCAGCUAGAGGAGGUGGAUUCAGACUCUUUUAGCAAUGUGGACCUGGAGGAUUUCAGCCAACAGGCAGUCAUUUAUGACAACAGCGAUGACAUGGACUCUGUGCUCGAUGAGGCCCAAGACACUAGACGUGAGAUUCAACUCAUCCGCCUGGAGGUGAAGCGUCUCAGGGACCAAAACACACGUAUACUUAGCGAACCGACUCGUACAACUCGGGUAAAGCAGGAUGCUAAUGUCAUCGUAGGAGACAUCAAGACCCGUGGACAGGAUGUUCUGGCACGUCUACAAAAGAUGGACACCCACGCCAAAGAGCUUGAAGAGGAGCAUGGCCUCAACUCAGCUGUGGCGAGAAUCGCUCGAACACAGUACGCCACCCUGAGCAACAACUUCCGAGAUGCAAUGACAGAGUACAAUGAUGCUGAGAUGGAUCACAAAGAAUCGUGUAAGCGUCAUAUUCAAAGGCAAAUGGAGAUUGUGGGCCGAGAGGUGACCGGUGACCAGAUUGAGGAGAUGCUGGAGAAUGGCCAGUGGAACGUCUUCAACGAUAACGUUAUGUCAGAAGGGAAAACGGCUCGCUCGGCGCUCAACCAGAUUGAGAGCCGACAUCGCGACCUGCUGGAUUUAGAAAGCCGACUCCAGAGCCUUCAUGAAGUGUUUCUGGAUGUGGCUAUGCUCGUAGAGGAACAAGGACCCAUGACAGACUACAUCUUAAACAAUGUUCAGAAAACAGAUGCUAUGAUUGGUGAAGUCCUUAUCAAACUGGGACGGGCCAAGAGACAUGACAAUAACAACCCAUUCAAGAAAAUGUUCUGUGGAUGCUUUCCAUGUGCUAAAAUCUGAGUGAACAGUUAGGACUUGAGCAUUGGAGGACUGUGAUUAUUAUUAUUAUUAUUAUUAUUAUUAUAAGUUUAUCAUUUUAAAAGUGGGUAGCCAGAGAUACGAAGGGAAAAAGACCAUCCAAAACUAAGCUCUAUAUGCAAUCAUUAAACCUGAUGCUACUGUGAACCUGUGAACAAUAAUAUAUGGGAGCAAAUUAAACAACUGAAACAAACCAAAGAAAGACUUCACAAAUUCACAUGUUUUCUUGACUAAUUUGCCUUCAUAAAAAUUGCCUCUUCAUUUGCAGUUUGAUACUAGUAAACAUAUCCUGUAAAUGCUAGAAAUUGUGUAAUAUUGCAAUAUAUUCAUAGGCUAUAAUUUAUUAACAUAAUUUAGAUUAUUAUAUCGCUCUAAUGCAGUUGAACUGAAUGCAGUUGCACUUUCUAGAUGCUUUUACAUGAAAUAAUCCGGAAUAUGAAGCAUUUCCCAUGUUUUGACAUAUUUUGAAUGCAAAUUGAUCAGUUUUUUUCAGUCAGUUAGUUUUUCUCAAUCAAUAUUAGCCAAAUAAAAGAUCUUAUGUAAUUCUUA